GCAAUUGAAGAGGAGAUCAUCCCAGAUUAUGUUGCAUCCCGGUUCUACCCUACUCAAAUAGGAGGAAUCAUUGAGAAUCGGUAUCAAGUCGUUGGAAAGCCAGCAUUUGGAGCUAGCUUAACUGUAAGGAGUCUCACAAAACAAUUAGGCCAUACAUAUGUCAGAUCGUUGGUCGACUCGUUUGAUGCUGACGGACCUGGAGACAAACAUCGAUGCCUCGUACAUCCUCUAUUAUGGGAGAGCGUGUUGGCUUUUCUAUUCCGCAACCCGGUACGGAGACUGUCUACACUAAUUUUGGUUAUUGUGCUUCACCGUUUGUUUUUGGCACUUGACAAUCUACAUACAGAAUGCAAGAAUAUACAUAAGAGUACGUGCUUCUAUUCGGCCUUCUGCUUCUGUAAUUUCAGUUCCUUAGGCAUGCCAUUAGACAUCAAGGCCGACAAUAUAUGUUUGGGAUCGCCGGUGAUUCGCUUCUUAGUGAUUUUGAUGAGAAUGAGCUUUAGGACCCCUGUCGUAGGAAGGAGCUAG